CACCUCCAUCCCCCUUGUGUGCGUACGUGCGUGUGUGCGCGCGCCUGUGUGUGUUUUCGGGACUUUUACGCGAAUUUGACAGAGCGGAGGGUUGAAUUUGUUGAGCACACACGCUGUCAGGAUGAGCUGAUGUGAGCGCUGCAUCAAGUGCGCGGUUGGUGAUGCUCCUCCGGUAUAAAACAGCCCGCUGUAUUUUGGCACAGAGGGGGAUGCAUCAGUUUAACCCUCGGCUCUGCCCUCCGGACUCGCCCAUACAGUAAUCCAGCCUAGAUAAGUUAAGGGGAUGUGCGCUCGUUUUGUGAGGAAUCCUGCCGCACGAUAUUCCUGAGGAUCUCUCUCUGUUCGUUUUUUUUUUUCUUCAACUUCGAUGGCUUGAGUGGCCCAUUUGCACUCAUGCUUGCAGCCGAGGAGGAUGUAAGGUACGGGCCAUCUACCGCCCUCACAUUGCACGGAGUAGCGGCGUGAUUCAGGUCGCUAUCUGAGUGCCAAUAAGAAAAAAACUACUUUCGAGAUGUGAAUUAUCGAGAUUUGCUACUCAUUCUACCGGCUCGCCUGUCCUAUGCUAUCGACAACGGGAUUUCAAGAGGAAAAUGAUUGUGGCAUAAACUAUUUCUGGAGACGCCUGUCACAGAUAUCGCCGCUGAACUGGACAGGGUGGAUGGUUAUUUCCCAAACAGUUCAAGCCUAUGUAUACUGCAUUCAUUUGUUGGAAACGCUGCCUAGUAUCUUCGAGAACAGCGCAAGAGGAAUGCUGGUCCAAGAUCUAAUGCCAUUUACUUUAAGUUUUUGGCCUUUUUUCUUCGGUCAUUGCCUUCUCUCACUGUUUUUACUCUCAUGCCAGGGAGAACUCCAGAGGUCAUGCUCACAGACUGUGGCGGAGAAAGUUAGCGAACAGUGCCAGCUGGCAUGCCACUGUAGAAGAUACCCUCCCCUUCCUCCACCACCACCUCCACCGCCUCCCCCGCGGCUACUGGGCACCACAGUGGUGGAGCCCAUGGUCCCCUCAGUGAGGCCCUGGUGGUCGGAGAUGGACAUUAUAGUGCUUGGAACAGUGGGCUGUGCCUCAGUUGUCUUCCUCCUCUCAGCCAUCAUCAUCUGCUACAAGGCCAUCAAGAGGAAACCACUACGAAAAGAAGAGAACGGGACGAGUCGUGGGGAAUACGCCAUGAGCAUCCGUAACAAGAAGGCUAUGGGUACGAACAACACUGUGGUAUAGCCUGUCAUCUGGUAGACGCAUCAAGUGAUGUCGACGUUACCAUCUCACCUUACCCCAAAUACAAUCCCAUCUCACCCACACUGGAACAGGGUUUUGCCCAGUUUUCACAUAGGGGGACCCUUUCCUCUUUGCUUGACAUGUUGCCCGGACUGAAGACACCAUUCAGCUAAAGAAAAGCUGCAAAAGACGAAAGGAAAAAAGAAAAAAAAAAACAAGCCAGAGAAAGAAUGGAACGAAAGAUCUACAAACCCCCGUGGUGUCGAAAGUGGCACAGCAGGCUGAACAUUAUGCUCUUAGUAACAGCAAGUGUUGCUGACAGGCUGGUUGGCUGCUGACUGGAGAGGGACUGUCUGCCAGUCUGCCGCAGAUCCAGUCCUCACACACUGUUGACAUCUGCAAUAGAGCAACAGACAAUACAGCAGCCCUGCAGUCCCAUGGGCAGCUACACAGGACAGCCCAUCACACACAAUAAAUAACGUGCAUGCAGUUUUUACAGAGAAUGCAACAUUUUUUAUAUUCUGAUCCUCACACUGUCCAUCUUUUGUUCUCCAUUUUUGAGACAGAUGCUUUGUGAGAGGCAUGAUUUUACUGUUGGCUCUGAGAUGUGGAUUCAUCUGACUAUGCAAUUUAAAGAAAUCCAUAGAAAAUUAAAGAGGAUCAACGGCAACACCAUGGGACGUUGGUUAUUUACCAUGCCAAAAAUGCCACUGAAGACUUAGGCUCAAUGUAAUAUACUUCAGUCAUUCAUGUAUUUAUUUGCUCUAUUUAUUUACUUAUCUACCUUUGGAUUUAUUUUUCUACUUUAAAGAAAAAAAAAGUCUUGUACGUUCUUCACAUUUUAAGAUAUCUUUAUGAACAUCUUGAUGAAUUGAUUUUAUUUCUUGAUAGCUCUGUUUUUUUUAAGUGAAUAAUUUAUAAACCAUAUAAUUCAUUUGUGAUGCUCCGAUGCUUUAAGCCUGCUGUCAGUUUGUUGAGACACUGAUGCAGAAAGCGUGCUUGCUCUGCAAAGAGUUUUGGUAACAGUUGUUUUGUCUCUGGGUGUUUGAUAUGCUUUUCUCUGUUUCCCUGAGACUUCAGCUAAAAAGGCAGGUGUCUCUAUGAUGUGCAAUGUGAAUGUGUGUUUUCCAAACUGCAAUCAUAUGCCCAUUUUGAUUUGGAAAUUAAUGCAAGCAAUGCCUCCCACUUGUUAAAUGUGCUAUCACAAGUCAUUUGGUUAAAUCUUGUUGUUUCAGAGUCCUGGGGUCAGCUCGAUGCCUUCAGCCAUGUAUUGUUUGGAAUUGACAAUCUUCACUUUUCUAUCUGUCAAGAAGGGCUUAGCCCAUCACUAUAGAAACAGGGGACAUGAGCCCAGGGCUGACCUUGUGACUGGUGAGAGACAGGAGACUUAGCCAAUAGCCAGAGAUCAGGUUGCACAGAGCAUGCCCUCAGCAGGGAUGUGUGUGACUCAGUGCUGUCACAGGCAUCCUCCACAUCCCCGCUGGAAAAACACAACUGAGCUGAACUAGAGCAUCACUCAACGCUGCUCUGCUUUUUUACAUUAAAUCUGUGUGUGUCUGUGUGUGCAUGCAUGCGUGUGUGUGUGUGAGUGUGUCGGUCUUUCUGUCUUUCUAUCUGUCUGUCUGUCUGUCUGUUUGUCUGUCUGUGAGUGUGCAUGCAGAUGAGUGUGCUCAGUGAGAGUGGGCUGUACUCUGUGGCUGUCAGUUAAGUAUAGAUAUUGGCUAAAUUGUUGAAAUUUGGAAACACAUGCUUGCAUCUAAACUUGCACAGGUAUUAGCUAACAGUAUACCCCACAAUGUACCUAUAUGAGAGAAAUGAUGGAUGCAUGAAUGUAAAUAUUGAUAUUUAAAUAUCUGCCUUCUGGACUGUUAAUUCAUGUACAGUGUAACAGAACAUGUUUAUACAUAGUAAAACUUAAACAAUGUGCAACCGUUUAGAAUUAAGUCAAUGUUGUCAUGUUAAUGGAGCAAGCCAUUAAUGUAUAUAUGGCAAUCAAUAGUACAUACACAAUUUAUGCAUUAUACCAAACAGAUAGAACAAUGUGCAUAAGUUGAUUUCAUUGCUGAGUUUUUCAGUUGUAAAUAAAUCUGUACAUAACAACUGA